AUGCCGCCUCCAUUUACACCGGCCGCACUUCAGGCGCUGGAAACAUUGCCUCUGGCGAACAUCUAUGCGCAAUUCGAUCACAUCCUCUUUGGGAACUGGCACGCUCGUGGAUGGGAUGUGGAACAUUCAGAAUUCUGCGCUUUUCGGCAGCAGCUUCUUGAAAACCCAAGAUCAGUCCGUGCAAGAUAUCCAAACACAUACGCUGCUCUUCGGUUUUGGAUGGCACUGCCCGCUACUGUGGAUCUUUUCCUGGAAAACAUUCGCUGGCAUCCAAAUGAUACCACACUUAUACCCUUGAUUACGGGUGCUGCCGGUCCAGCUCGAAUCACAGCUGCUAUGAGAGCCGCCCCCACGGUACUUGAGCCGUGCGACGAUAAUGGAAUAACCACCUCGUCUAUUAACCCGGAUUUUGUCACCCAUGCAUUAAUUGGUAUCGGAUGCACCGACUGCGUAAAGGCAUUGAUGCGCUGGAACAUUUUACCCUUGGAUAAUCUCUUGCCUUACACCGAAACUGGAUGCUCCCUUUUUUGGCCUUUGUUAAGCAGAAGAGAGGAAGGUGGUCUCCUAGCAGAGGAGAAAUUUGAUGCCGUUAUGGGUCUUCUUAUGCAGUUGAGUGGUCCCGGUGGACAAGCGUGGAAGCGUUCUUAUUGUACGAUUGUUGGUAUUCCCACUAUAGGACCCUAUGCUCCACCCCUCGGUCGAACUGUCUUUGAAAUGAUUUGUUGCUUGGGUUCAGCAAAGUCACUUGAACAGUUGGAAGACUGGCAUGAGAGUCAUUUCGGGGGCAUUCCCGAUCCUCGAAUUUAUCUUUGUCUUGGUCCCCAACAAUACUAUUUCAUGUGCAAAAAGGCCUCAGUACGUGUUGCGGAAUGGAUAAGAUGGAACAGUGGGGUGGCUCUUUCACAUGGAGCUUUAUUGUGGAACAAUCGCACGAUUUUAGGUAAAAACUCCUGGCAUGCACUUGCGCGGAACCCGGCCGGAGAGGCUUUAUUCGACCAUUUUAUUUCAUUCAGGGGAACUCCAUGGAGAGCUCAAAUUAGUCCAUCCCAGCGAUGCAUGAUGACCGAUUUCACCCCGAUUGGCGACGCAAUUCGGUGCGAUCGUCCCCGUCUCGUCAGAAAGUUUGCCAAUCAUAUGCCUCUAUUUCUGUGGCAAAGUUAUUCCCCGAGAAACGUCCCUGACUUCUUGACCGCGCUUGUCAUGUGCACUCCCGGAUCUCCUGAAAGCUGGUUUCAUGUCAUUGGAAAUCCAGCCUUUCGAGUAUGGACACAAUGGCAGGCUGGUAGUCAGCAUCAAGCGAUCUCAGCUUUGGCGUUUGGUGUCGUCGACUGGUAUUAUUGGAAUUUUAUGAUGAUGACGGUGGCGGCAUUAAUUUUUGCCUUGACCGUAGGUGUCGAUCGGCAACUAGAAAAUAAGUAUCGUGUACUGCGUGAAGUUGCUAGCAAGAAACUUGCGGCUGCCCUUCACUAUGCGCCUGCCUCGUGGUUUGGCACGCCUGAUGCGGCGCGCCUCCGGACACGUUGUCAACUUUUUGAAGCAAACAGGCAACUUUUUUUACACAGAAUAUUAGGCCGGGGAUACAAUUCCGUAUUCUUAGACAGCCAAGAAGCUCGAGACGCCAAUAAAGGGGGUUAG